UCCCAGGUGGUGAUGUGGAGGAGCUGAUGUCUACGAUGGCUAGCCUGGACCUGCACCUGCACGUACUGAUACCCCCAUUUCAACGUUGUCGUCGUUACCUCCCAACCCAACAGCCCAACCCCAGGAUCUGACCCUGUCUCCCCCUCACCUCCCCUGGGCUUCCUCCAGCCAGGCCUCCUGGCUCUACCCUGGGCCCAUCAUGGGAGGAUGCCUCUCCAAAAGCAAACCAGGUGACCACCUCCGCCAACCCCCUGUUUUCCUUCCCUCCUUCGAAAUCCUGGAAUAAUUGGCACUUGUUCUCCAGCUAUAUAGGCCCUGUGUAGCUCAAUUGGUAGAGCAUGGUGCUUGCAACGCCAGGGUUGUGGGUUCGAUUCCCACGGGGGGCCAGUAUGAAAAUGUAUGCACUCACUAACUGUAAGUCGCUCUGGAUAAGAGCGUCUGCUAAAUGACUAAAAUGUAAAAUGUAAAUGUAUAUAUAGGUCAUACAAACUCCUUUGUAGCAUGGCAUUUUGUGGAGGAAGAAUUGUUAUGCUCUCAAUUGCAUUGUCAAAUAUGAGUUUAAAAUGUAUGGUACAAUGUAAUAAUAAUCACUUUAUUUGUAUAGCUCUUUUCAAUACAAGUAACAACGUGCUUCACAUCAUAAAAUAAUGAAAUAAAAGUACAAACAAAGAAACAAAGACAGGAGGAAAGAGAAUGAAAAAAGAUAGCUAAUUAAAAUCCUACAUUGAAAUCCUACAUUUAAAAGCAUCUUUAUAAAAGUGUGUCUUCAGCAGGGAUUUAAAAAGAGGCCCUGAAUCUGUAAGCCUGAUCUCAUCUGGCAGACCAUUCCAAAGUCUAGGGGCCCUAAUAGCAAAUGUCCAGUCUCCUUUCAUUUUCAACCUAGACUUUGGAAUGGUCAACAGUGCCCUGCCAGAGGAUCUCAGGCUGAGUCCUGGCUUGUAAGGAGGUAAAAGAUCAGAGUAAUAGGAUGGGGCUAAAUAAAGCCUUAAAUGUGAUUAAUACAAUUUUAAAAUCUAUUAUCAAAGUGACUGGUAGACAGUGUAGAGAAUCCCAAAUAGGUGAUAUGGUUACAUUUUCUGGUGCGUGUUAAAUGCCGAGUUGCAGCAUUUUGAACUGUAGAUGAUGGAGUGAUUUCUGACUGAGACAUGUACACAAAGAGUUACAGUAAUCUAGGUGUGAGGAAAUAAAAGCAUGAAUAAUCUUCUCCAGAUCAGUGACUGAAAUAAAAAGACUUGACUUUAGCUAUAUUUCUUAGAUGAUAAAAGCAGGACUGGACAACCUUCUUUACAUGCAACUCGAGCUUCAGGUCAGGGUCAAAGAAGACACCAACGUUUCUGGCCGUAGGCUUUACAUUGGUGGACAAAUGAGCAAGGUUAUUUACAAUCUGGUUUCUAGCAAGGUGAGGGGCAAAUAAAACAACCUCUGAUUUCUUAUCAUUGAGCUGGAGAAUUUUGUCAGACAUCCAACAUUUGAUGUCAUUAAGACACUUAUGAAGGUAGCUACGCUAGCUGGGUCACUGGGUCUGAUUGGUAAAUAAAGCUGCAUAGCAGUGAAACAAUGUUAUGAUUGCGGAUGUAUGGCUGUUUAAAAGCAAACAUAUCGCUGUUUAAAUGCAGUCAGCUUGUUGAAGGGGGCAGUAAGCACUGAAAUCAAACACAUUACUUAUUUUUUUAAAUCUUUGACUUUCAAUAGUGCUUAGGGAAAGCGGUAAAGAAAUCACAAAAACAAAUUAAACAUAAUUUUCACAAAAACAACCACUGCAAUACCACACUAGGAGCUAGUAUGGAUAAAGUGUAGGGGAUAGGAAACUUGUCUCCAGUACUCUAGGGGAGCUUUUGAGGGUGGUGUGUUGGAACGGAUGCCCCUCACUGUGAAAAGACUAAUUAGUCUGAGUCUGUAGGAAACAAAUGGGCCCCUGAAUGGAACCUUGGACACAGCAGUGAUGAGCACCAGUAUAGUAAACUAAAUCAGAAACUGAACCAGACAAAAACAGAUUUUACACAAUGUGAGAUAAAUACAUGUUUCAAGAAUCUGUAAAAUACAAUAUCACACCAUCAGGGUAAAACUUUACAUUAGUGUCUUUAUAACUCUGUAGUUAUUCCUAUAAGUACAGAUGAACAUGUAUUGUAAUAACUCCUUUAUUUAUUGUUACACUGUACUUACACUGUACUUAGGGUUAAAAAAUAAAUCAUAAAGAGGAACAUUGAAGAUUAAGAUAAUUAUCCAAGUGUAUUGUCAUGAUCCUGCAAAUGUCUGAAAACGUGGGCUUAGUCGAAACAUUUCAGGACACUGAGUUUCUGCAGAGUCAGUGAAAAGCAGAUGUGUUAGUGGGAGCUGAGAUGUCAUACACUGGCCCUUCAAUUUGAUCCAUUCAAAUAUUUUAACAACAUAUUAUAAACAAAUAAUUGUUUCUAAGACUAGAAAGUCCAUCGGUGCCCAUUCAAAAAGAUUCAGCACAUGAUGUUUCUGAAUGAAAACAUUGUAGGAAGAUAAAGAAAGGGGGUGAGUGUGUGAGAGGGGGGGAUGAAGUGAUAGCAUGGCAAAGUGAUAGAAUGCAGUAUAAUCUCCCCUAUGUCGGAGUAUCUCUUCCUCCAAUGACAAGCAAGGGUAUGUUUCUCCUGAGGUGUACAAUUCACUCAGUUUCACUUUGAUGCAUUGGAGAAUCUCAGUGGAGAGAAAGGUCCCUUAACUAAGCAAAAACAACUCAUCCAAAAACAAAGCAGCUUGCAUUGCUAGAAGAAAAGGUUAUAUAUAGAACCGCAAAUCACACAUAUUUUUUUAGCAGUGUGUAUGAUGGUAAAAAUGACACUUUAUACAUGUUAUAUGCAGUACAAAAGUAGGAGCAGAUCGUUUGGCUUGGUAACACAGCUACACAGCAUGGGCAGAUAGCCAAAGACUCAGUUAAAGGUAACAUCGUUUGCAAAUCAUUGACAAAUAAACCCCUGUCCAGGAGAAGAUGAGUAGAGGACCAUAAUAUACACUUUCUAUAUGAUUUUAAUGAUGAUUAAACAAUUGAUCGUUGCUCAUGCACAUGAAUGGGCUAUGCCACUUACUUUAGAUUGAUUGAAUGAAAUAAUUAUUGAGUUCGUUAUUUAUUUAAUGUUAAAUUAUCAUGUUACUCUUCAUUGUAUUUAUAUACUGUAUAUCUCUUAUCAAAUACAUGUGGCAAUUACUGAACAUUAAAGAUACAUCUGAUGUUUAGGAGAGAUUCUGACUUCAUCAUGGAGCAUACAGUGAGGAAAAAAAGUAUUUGAUCCCCUGCUGAUUUUGUACGUUUGCCCACUGACAAAGACAUGAUCAGUCUAUCAUUUUAAUGGUAGGUUUAUUUGAACAGUAAGAGACAGAAUAACAACAAAGAAAUCCAGAAAAACGCAUGUCAAAAUUGUUAUAAAUUGAUUUGCAUUUUAAUGAGGGAAAUAAGUAUUUGACCCCUCUGCAAAACAUUACUUAGUACUUGGUGGCAAAACCCUUGUUGGCAAUCACAGAGGUCAGACGUUUCAUGUAGUUGGCCACCAGGUUUGCACACAUCUCAGGAGAGAUUUUGUCCCACUCCUCUUUGCAGAUCUUCUCCAAGUCAUUAAGGUUUCGAGGCUGACGUUUGGCAACUCGAACCUUCAGCUCCCUCCACAGAUUUUCUAUGGGAUUAAGGUCUGGAGACUGGCUAGGCCACUCCAGGACCUUAAUGUGCUUCUUCUUGAGCCACUCCUUUGUUACCUUGGCCGUGUGUUUUGGGUCAUUGUCAUGCUGGAAUACCCAUCCACGACCCAUUUUCAAUGCCCUGGCUGAGGGAAGGAGGUUCUCACCCAAGAUUUGACGGUACAUGGCCCCGUCCAUCGUCCCUUUGAUGCGGUGAAGUUGUCCUGUCCCCUUAGCAGAAAAACACCCCCAAAGCAUAAUAUUUCCACCUCCAUGUUUGACGGUGGGGAUGGUGUUCUUGGGGUCAUAGGCAGCAUUCCUCCUCCUCCAAACACGGCGAGUUGAGUUGAUGCCAAAGACCUCGAUUUUGGUCUCAUCUGACCACAACACUUUCACCCAGUUCUCCUCUGAAUCAUUCAGAUGUUCAUUGGAAAACUUCAGACGGGCCUGUAUAUGUGCUUUCUUGAGCAGGAAGACCUUGCGGGUGCCACAGGAUUUCAGUCCUUCAUGGCGUAGUGUGAUACCAAUUGUUUUCUUGGUGACUAUGGUCCCAGCUGCCUUGAGAUCAUUGACAAGAUCCUCCCGUGUAGUUCUGGGCUGAUUCCUCACCAUUCUCAUGAUCAUUGCAACUCCACGAGGUGAGAUCUUGCAUGGAGCCCCAGGCCGAGGGAGAUUGACAGUUCUUUUGUGUUUCUUCCAUUUGCAAAUAAUCGCACCAACUGUUGUCACCUUCUCACCAAGCUGCUUGGCGAUGGUCUUGUAGCCCAUUCCAGCCUUGUGUAGGUCUACAAUCUUGUCCCUGACAUCCUUGGAGAGCUCUUUGGUCUUGGCCAUGGUGGAGAGUUUGGAAUCUGAUUGAUUGAUUGCUUCUGUGGACAGGUGUCUUUUAUACAGGUAACAAGCUGAGAUUAGGAGCACUCCCUUUAAGAGUGUGCUCCUAAUCUCAGUUCGUUACCUGUAUAAAAGACACUUGGGAGCCAGAAAUCUUUCUGACUGAGAGGGGGUCAAAUACUUAUUUCCCUCAUUAAAAUGCAAAUCAAUUUAUAACAUUUUUGACAUGUGUUUUUCUGGAUUAUUUUGUUGUUAUUCUGUCUCUCACUGUUCAAAUAAACCUACCAUUAAAAUUAUAGACUGAUAAUUUCUUUGUCAGUGGGCAAACGUACAAAAUCAGCAGGGGAUCAAAUACUUUUUUCCCUCACUGUAUGGUAGAGUAUCAACUUAUGGAUUUAGAAUGGUCCCGAUCUGUGGAUGUGAUUUUAUGCUAUUAAAAUCUAAAGAAAGAUAAUCAACAAAAAACAUAUAUCUCUAUAGCAAAUCUAAUGCACAAAUUGUGAAUUCCUCUUACGUAAGAUUGUAGUUAAAUAUCUCUCAUAAAAGUAAAAAAAAAAGAUCCCAUAUGAGUCUGGGGAUGGAGUCUCUCCCUUUUCCUCUCCUGCGAUUGCAGUCUCUCAUGAUUUUCCAGUGAUUUUAAUUAAGACUUGCUCAGCAGGUGAAAAUUCCUGCCAGAUUACCAUGUAAGAACCGGAUGGUCAGCACAUUUUUCCAGCCGAAGAGAUAAAGCUGGCUGCAGUGAAAACGGGUUACACAACCAUUUCUUCAAAUGAAGAAAUACAAACCCAAGAGGCAACUUAUCAGAUGUCAUCAAAUGCCUCUGGGCGCCUCACAACAAAUAAACCCACACAUCCCCUUAGGCCUAUCCCUGCGUGUGUUAUUCAGGAAAAUAUAUAAUGCAUGGUGUAGUGAUCCUAAAUAUAUACUGUAUCUAAACAGUCAAAAUCAUGUUUUUCAUGAAAUUUGGAUGAUAUUUGGAUGAAACCAGAUCAAAGUAUAAUGACCAAUGUAUGAAAAAUGACUGUUGCUUCUACAUUGAUAAAGUUUGAUCAUAAAGUUACUAGUCCCCUCCCCCAUGUCAAACACUUGGAUUCAGGAGGCGAGAUUAUUAAGGGGAUAGGGUGACAUUACCCUAACUCACGUUUUAAUACACCAAUGGUAACAUGAUAUUCUCUUAACUAAUUUAAAUGAGUACUGCCUUUUAUCCAACAUCAGAGAAGGUGCAUUUGCAGAGGGGCAUGGUUUAUAUAGCUAGAUAGCUACUGUACUGGUGCCAAAAUGUGACUGUAGGGUGUCUGCAAAUAUAAUUAAAAGUUUACACUAUUCAUCUAUGGCAAAGAUACUUACUUAUAUGUUUCCUUUUUCAUCUGUGUCUGGUGUUCGCUAGUUACUGGCAAGCUAGGUCUUCAUCUGUGUCUGGUGUUCACUAGUUACUGGCUAGCUAGGUCUUCAUCUGUGUCUGGUGUUCACUAGUUACUGGCUAGCUAGGUCUUCAGCCAGCAUGGAACAAAACGUUGGAGGGAAGGGUCAUUCAAAACUCUGACGCAGUUGUCAUGUCAACGCAUACAUCAGUGCUGCUGUGAACCGAUCGUAACAGACAUGCCAAACUGGAGAUGUGUAUACAAAAAUUGACAUCAUUGAUGCAAUUACAAUGUUGUUUGAGUUGCUUUCUGUAUCACCAAAUUUGCCUGAGAUUAUUUUACUGCAACACUACUCACUGCAUCCAAAUUGCUUGCGUUUCAAAGAGCUGUCAGUCAAGGCGAGCUCAUAAAUAUAAGCUCUCCUCCCACUCAGCCUGUCUUUUCUAGUAGUACUUCCUGGUAGUUAGCUAUGAGAGAAAAAAUAAUUUGCCAAAAAUUUUGAGCAUUUCUAUUCCCCAAAGAUAUUAUGGGUGAUUCACUACAUGGCCAACAGGAUGUGGACACCCCUUCAAAUUAGUGGAUUCGGCUAUUUCAGCCACACCCAUUGCUGACAGGUGUAUAAAAUCGAGCACACAGCCAUGCAAUCUCCAUAGACAAACAUUGGCAGUAGAAUGGCCCAUACAGAAGAGCUCAAUGACUUUCAACGUGGCACCGUCAUAGGAUGCCACAUUUCCAACAAGUCAGUUCGUCAAACUUCUGCCCUGCUAGUGCUGCCCCGGUCAUCUGUAAGAGCUGUUAUUGUUAAGUGGAAACGUCUAGGAGCAACAACGGCUUAGCAGCGAAGUGGUAGGCCACACAAGCUCACAGAACAGGAUUGCUGAGUGCUGAAGCGCGUAGCGCGUAAAAACGUCUGCACUCGGUUGCAACACUCACUACCGAGUUCCAAACUGCCUCUGGAAGCAACUUCAGCACAAUAACUGUUCGUUCCAUGGCCGAGCAGCCGCACACAAGCCUAAGAUCACCAUGCGCAAUGCCAAGCAUCGGCUGGAGUAGUGUAUAGCUCGCCACCAUUGGACUCUGGAGCAGUGGAAAUGCGUUCUCUGGAGUGAUGAAUCACGCUUCACUAUCUGGCAGUCCGACUGACGAAUCUGGGUUUGGCGGAUGCCAGGAGAAUGCUACCUACCCCAAUGCAUAGUGCCAACUUUAAAGUUUGGUGGAGGAGGAAUAAUGGUCUGGGGCUGUUUUUCAUGGUUAGGACUAGGCCCCUUAGUUCCAGUGAAGGGAAAUCUUAACGCUACAGCAUACAAUGAAAUUCUAGAUGAUUCUGUGCUUCCAACUUUGUGGCAACAGUUUGGGGAAGGCCCUUUCCUGUUUCAGCAUGACAAUGCCCCCGUGCACAAAGCGAGGUCCAUACAGAAAUGGUUUGUCGAGAUCGGUGUAGAAGAACUUGACUGGCCUGCAUGGAGCCCUGACCUCAACCCCAUCGAACACCUUUGGGAUGAGUUGGAACACCAACUGCAGGCCAGUCCUAAUCGCCCAACACCAGUGUCCGACCUCACUAAUGCUCUUGUGGCUGAAUGGAAGCAAGUCCCCACAGCAAUGUUCCAACAUCUAGUGGAAAGCCUUCCCAGAUGAGUGGAGGCUGUUAUAGCAGCAAAGGGGGGGGGACCAACUCCAUCUUAAUGCUCAUGAUUUUGGAAUGAGAUGUUCGACGAGCAGGUGUCCACAUACAUUUGGCCAUGUAGUGUAUUUUAGUCACUCAAAAGGGUAUUUUACAUGGGAUUCAGAAUGAUUGUUCAGGACCUUUUUAAGGUUGUCACACAGCAAAAGUAUUUUCAUGGUCAAGUCAGUUUCAUUUGAUACAGAACCCUUCUCCAUGGGGAGUCUGCUGGGUAUGGUAAUCAAAGGAAAAAUUAAUAUGAAUAUCAGGGGCGGCUGGUGACUUAAAAGUUGAGGAGGAGGAGGAUGGGUGAAAAUGACGAACUGUACCGUAUGAUAAGAACAAAAACAAGUGACUGGGCGAAGAUCAACCUGAAAAGGCUGUCAUAUUUCUAAUGGUCUGUGUCCUGCAGUUGAGGUGAAAGUGGAGCUUACCCUCUUGGAGAAAGAAAAGGAAGCAGAUGUGAUGUCACCCAAUGGAAAGGCAAGCCCCUUCUCUGAAUGCAGGCCCAACGGAGCGCUGGGACACUGCUCCGACGAGGACGCCGCCGCCGCCCCCCUCAGGCUCUACAAACCCCGCGACUACGUGGAGGCCUCAGUGUGUCAUGUCAAGGAUAUGGAAAAUGGACAGUAAGGCCAAACAAAAGACAACAUAUACCAGGUCAAUCACCUGGAGUUUUUAUGGCUGCAACCAGUGCUUUUCCCCCUCACAUCUUUUCUCCCUUCCUGUGUGUGUGUGUGUGUGUGCUCUUAUCCCUGCAUAGGAUGCGAGAGGUUGAUUUGGGAAGUGGCAGAGCGCUGCUCAUCAAAGAACAUGGAGAGUUUUCUGCCAUUGGGCACAAGUGUCCACAUUAUGGGGCACCACUGGUCAAAGGUGAGUCCGGUUCUGCAUUGUGUUAGCUUUUUUGAUGGAAUAUUGGUGUGGUAUCUUUUUGCUCUCUUAUGUUAUAAACAAGCUCUGAGAUAGAUUGGUGUAUGAUACAGUGGGAUGUAUAUAUUUGUGUGUUGCAGGUGUCUUGUCCAAAGGGCACGUGCGUUGCCCCUGGCAUGGAGCUUGUUUCAACAUCGCUACGGGAGACAUUGAGGACUUUCCUGGACUGGACAGCUUGCCCACCUUCCAGGUGACCUUCCUCAUUCGAUUCACCAUGCAAUUCACAUUCCCUGCCUUCACAUACUGUCUCUAAGCAUCGUCAAAACCGUGUACACAUCGCUCAUGUCUGUUUGCUUCAGGUCCGAAUUGAAAAGGACAAGGUGAUCAUUCGCGCUAAUAAACAGGUAAAGAUAUUCUGGGACUAUCUAGAAUCUGUUGUUCUAAAUCAACUGAUCCCCCUUUGUUGACCUGGCAAACAUUUUCAUCUUCCAGGAUCUUCAGUCACAGAAGAGGUCAAAGGCCAUGGCCCGAUGUUCAGCAGUCAUUAACUCCAGCACUGGCUUCAGCUACAUCCUCAUCGUUGGAUCAGGUGAGUUGGCCAUUGAGCAUCUCCUUGCACUCACACCUCACACACCGCUGGUAAAUAGAAGUCUGUUCAAACUGUCGACUAGGACUGGAACCAUAUGUGUUUGGUUCAUUAUAGGUCCUGAGUAUUCCAAAAAAGGAUAGAUGAUAGCAGCUCCCAAACAUUACUGCAACAACAAUGUUUUUAGUUCAUGGUUAGGGUUGCAAAGCUACCGGUAAUUUACCAAAAUUACCGGAAUCUUCAGUAAUUUUGGUAAUUAACUGAAAAUCUAUGGCAAUCUAUUGUAACUUUGAUAAUUUAUACUUGAAUAACUUUUUUUAAAUGUAUUCACAUAGUAUUCAUUUAUUAUAUCUGUGUUAAUAUUGUCCAUGAGCUUCUAUUAGAUAGACCAUAUGGUUCAAUAGAAAAUAGCCUAAUUAAUGAAAAAAGCAUCAACAAUGGCAUUAUUUUCAAUUAACUCUGCAAUUCUUCCAACUAUUUACUUUUUUUCACAACUGCCACCAGUUUGACGCCAAAACAUUGACAACAAAUACAUAUUGACAUAGUAAAAUAAAUAAAAGUUUGUAAAACAAUAUAUAAAUGAUAUUUCAUGCUGAAACCCUCAAUAUAUAUUAAACACCAAUGGUACUCACUAAGUUGAUGGUUUAUAUUUAGGAUCAUGUUUUACAGCUUUGUCAUUCUGUUUUUUAUUUUAAAAUCAUCUUAUUAAAUUAUUUAAUUUACACUGAGUGUACAAAACAUUAAGACAUCAUUCCAUGACUGACCAGGUGAAUCCAGGUGACAGCUAUGAUCCCUUAUUGAUGAUCCACUUCAAUCAGUGUAGAUGAAGGGGAGGAGACAGGUUAAAGAAUGAUUUUUUAAGCCUUGAGACAAUUGAGACAUGGAUUGUGUAUGUGUGCCAUUCAGAGGGUGAAUGGGCAAGACAAAAUAUUUAAGUGCCUUUGAACGGGGUAUGGUAGUAGGUGCCAGGCGCACCGGUUUGAGUGUGUCAAGAACUGCAACACUGCUGGGGUUUUCACACUCAACAGUUUCCCAUGGGAAUCAAGAAUGGCCCACCACCCAAAGGACAUCUAGCGAACUUGACACAACUGUGGGAAACAUUGGAGUCAACAUGGGCCAGCAUCCCUGUGGAACGCUUGACACCUUGUAGAGUCCAUGCCCCGACGAAUUGAGGCUGUUCUGAGGGCAAAAGGGGGUGCAACUCUAUAUUAGGAAGGUGUUCCUAAUGUUUUGUGCACUCAGUGUAUUUUACAUGUGAUAAGGCCCCACAGAGGGCCAGAGAUUAUUACAGACACCUGUGAUAAUCUGAAGUACCCAAAAGGGCCACUAGAUGUCUUGUGAUAGAUUACAUAAAAUCCUUGAAAGAUAUCAAAAUUCUGGUAGUUUAUUGGUAAACGUAGAAAGUUUCCAGUAAUAUAUAUACACUGCACAAAAAAAUUAAGGGAACACUUAAACAAUACAAUGUAACUCCAAGUCAAUCACACUUCUGUGAAAUCAAACUGUCCACUUAGGAAGCAACACUGAUUGACAAUAAAUUUCACAUGCUGUUGUGCAAAUGGAAUAGACAACAGGUGGAAAUUAUAGGCAAUUAGCAAGACACCCCCAAUAAAGGACUGGUUUGCAGGUGGUGACCACAGACCACUUCUCAGUUCCUAUGCUUCCUGGCUGAUGUUUUGGUCACUUUUGAAUGCUGGCGGUGCUUUCACUCUAGUGGUAGCAUGAGACUGAGUCUACAACCCACACAAGUGGCUCAGGUAGUGCAGCUCAUCCAGGAUGGCACAUCAAUGCGAGCUGUGGCAAGAAGGUUUGCUGUGUCUGUCAGCGUAGUGUCCAGAGCAUGGAGGCGCUACCAGGAGACAGGCCAGUACAUCAGGAGAAGUGGAGGAGGCCGUAGGAGGGCAACAACCCAGCAGCAGGACUGCUACCUCCGCCUUUGUGCAAGGAGGAGCAGGAGGAGCACUGCCAGAGCCCUGCAAAAUGACCUCCAGCAGGCCACAAAUGUGCAUGUGUCUGCUCAAACGGUCAGAAACAGACUCCAUGAGGGUGGUAUGAGGGCCCGACGUCCACAGGUGGAGGUUGUGCUUGCAGCCCAACACCGUGCAGGACGUUUGCCAUUUGCCAGAGAACACCAAGAUUGGCAAAUUCGCCACUGGCGCCCUGUGCUCUUCACAGAUGAAAGCAGGUUCACACUGAGCACGUGACAGACGUGACAGAGUCUGGAGACGCUGUGGAGAACGUUCUGCUGCCUGCAACAUCCUCCAGCAUGACCGGUUUGGUGGUUGGUCAGUCAUGGUGUGGGGUGGCAUUUCUUUGGGGGGCCGCACAGCCCUCCAUGUGAUCGCCAGAGGUAGCCUGACUGCCAUUAGGUACCGAGAUAAGAUCCUCAGACCCAUUGUGAGACCAUAUGCUGGUGCGGUUGGCCCUGGGUUCCUCCUAAUGCAAGACAAUGCUAGACCUCAUGUGGCUGGAGUGUGUCAGCAGUUCCUGCAAGAGGAAGGCAUUGAUGCUAUGGACUGGCCCGUCCGUUCCCCAGACCUGAAUCCAAUUGAGCACAUCUGGGACAUCAUGUCUCGCUCCAUCCACCAACGCCACGUUGCACCACAGACUGUCCAGGAGUUGGCGGAUGCUUUAGUCCAGGUCUGGGUGGAGAUCCCUCAGGAGACCAUCCGCCACCUCAUCAGGAGCAUGCCCAGGCGUUGCAGGGAGGUCAAACAGGCACGUGGAGGCCACACACACUACUGAGCCUAAUUUUGAAUUGUUUUAAGGACAUUACAUCAAAGUUGGAUCAGCCUGUAGUGUGGUUUUCCACUUUCAUUUUGAGGGUGACUCCAAAUCCAGACCUCCAUGGGUUGAUUAAUUUGAUUUCCAUUGAUAAUUUUUGUGUGAUUUUGUUGUCAGCACAUUCAACUAUGUAAAGAAAAAAGUAUUUAAUAAGAUUAUUUCAUUCAUUCAGAUCUAGGAUGUGUUAUUUUAGUGUUCCCUUAAUUUUUUUGAGCAGUGUAUAUAUAUUUUCUUUACACAUUUUGACUGUAUGCUCUUUGUCAAAGUUUUGUUUACACCGCUCUAAGAUUGUGUCUGGUAUCCAAACUUAAUCCACGCUCCGAUUCACUAUUAUUGUUUCUGUCAAUAGUUAUGGUAAACAGAGCAUGUGUUCAGUUCGGAUAGCAAGGAUCUAAGAUCCUACUUAGAUGUUAAACUAGUGUCUUGUGUCUCCAGGUCCAGCAGGGCUGGUGUGCGCUGAGACGUUGAGACAGGAAGGCUUCACCGAUCGCAUUGUCAUGUGCACCAUGGACAAAUACCCACCCUAUGACAGGCCUAAACUGAGUAAGGUUUGUACAGAGAUCCAGAACACACCACAGAAACUAUACAAGGACUAUCCCCAUAAAGACUUAGUGUCCACAAGGGUUCUUUAAGUUGAGGAUUCUUCUGGAUAUAAACAUUAUUGAAAUUGCUGAUCGAAAGUCUACCAGUUAUGCCCUACUGUGUUUCAUAGCAGAUUAACAAUUCCAUCCAGAGAUUUCAUGCCUCAAAAUUCUUACCAUUUUGUUAUUGCAAGUAUUAACCCAUCCUGAACCCAUCUUUAGCCUGUAAUCUUGGGAAAAUAUUGGUCCUGGCUAAUGUAGACAUUUGGCCAUGAUCUCUAUGGGAAAACGGUUUGCUGACAUUGCGAUUUAAAUUGGGAUAACAUAUUAAUGUUGCAUUACCAUCAUAAAAGUGGCAUUUCUUCAAUGAAUUUCACCUAUAACAUUUCAACUUAACAAACGUCAACCUAUAAAGUCCAGCCUGUGGUGUACUGUGCUGUGGUGAGGUGAGGUGUAACUAACUGUCUCCCCCUCAGUCCUUAGAGAGCACAGCAGAGCAGCUCCGGCUACGCUCCAUAGACUUCCUCCAAGCCCACGACAUCGAGCUGCUCACGGAGAAGGAGGUGAGACCUGAAACACUGAUUAUAUAGGCUACAUUUGAAUCUACAACUGGGCCGUGUUAAGUAGGGAGUUUUGAAAGGGAGUGAAUCAUGGAUUUGCUACCUGAACAUCUUCCAAUAAGAAGAUUUUAGUUUUUCCGUUGCAAAACGUUUGGUUUGGUGUGCCCUUAUGAACACAUCCCCUUGGUGACACCCCAUGGUCUCUUUCUAACUGUGAUGUUUGGAUGUCAUAGGCUGUGGCAGUGGACGUCAAGACUAAGGCUGUGACUUUUCAAGACGGCUCUAGGAUGGAAUACAGGAAGCUUUUCAUUGCCACAGGAAGCAAGUGAGGAGUGACCGGAAAUAGUAUUUGGUUGAAUGCAAUAAAAUGGAAUUAAAUUCUAUUGUAGUUGAUAUAACCAGUUUUGACAUAACUCAUUGUUCUAUUGACACUGAUAUAACACUGUCCUUUGUCUUUUGUAAGACCCAAGCCAAUGAACUAUAAAGGCCAGGACGUUAGGAAUGUGUUUCACCUCAGGACCCCUGAAGAUGCUAAUAGCGUAGCCAGGCUGGCCAACAACAAGAAUGCUGUGAUUGUGGGAACAUCAUUUGUUGGUGAGAGAGAUGACAGACAUCCAGUAGAUGUAAAUUCACAUAUGUCAAUCUAUAUACCUUAUAAAGGGUUUAUGAAGGCUACAUUAAGCCUUAAAAGUUGUAUUUUGUGGAAUCUUUGUUUGGAAUGGUUGUAUUUAUAGUAGUACUGUAAUUGUAGCACUUCUAUCUGUGAAUGUGUGCAUGAGUAAUCAUCUGGGUUCUGCAUUAGGUAUGGAGGUGGCUGCUGCGCUCACUGACAAGGCCCACUCUGUCUCCAUCAUUGGGAUAGAAGCAGUCCCUUUCCGGAAAGCUCUGGGGGAGAAAGUAGGGAAAGCCAUAAUGAAGGUAGGGACCCACCCCUGGGAAAUCAGCCCUACUACCUCUAGAACACCUUCAUCAGCAUUUCUACACAGAGAAACGUAUACUCUAAAUGUGAAUCAUGUUCAAUGCACCAGGCACCACAAGGGAAUAUGUCUAGUAUAUUCUUAUAGGUGCUCAUGCACUUAUUUAGACAAUCAGGUAUAUAUUGCCCAUUAAUCCUGGUUUUUCAGGGGAGGGUAUACUGGAUGUAUCGCUGGUGUGUGUGUGUGUGUACAUAGUGUUAAUAAUCCAUUAUGAAGAGGGUAUUUAUAGAAAGAGUUGCCGCAUCACCGCCAAUUAACCAUUGGCAUUAGUAAUAGGCCUAUGUAUUUUUGUAUAUUUGUAGCUGAACACAAGUUAGGCUAAACUUAACAAAAGCUCAACUCUUUGAACACUUAACCCAGUGCUCUCUCUGUCUGUCUUACUUUUCAGCUGUUUGAGACGAACAGGGUGAAGUUCUACAUGUUGAAUGAGGUGUCGGAGAUGGUUGGCCAUCAUGGACAGGUAUUCCGAAAGUGAGAGAAACAGCAUGACAUAAUGCACAGUUGGCUCUCUCCUUCCUUCUCACUGUUGGCCAGUCAAGACCAUUUUCAGGCUUUGCCUAGAUUCUCUAACAUGCACACUUCCGUCAUGGAUUUCACUAUGGUGGAAACUCCCUCUGCGAAUGAUACACAAAUCCAUGAGAGGAAGUGUGCAAGUAUACACUUGGGGAGAAGAGGAGAAUGGGGACGCCGCCAUUAAACGCUGAUGAACGGGUGUGACUGACCAAAGUAGACCACAGAGUGCCAACAAACAAAGGAUAAGCAGCCCAGAUUACUACCAGUUACAACCUCCAUUUGGAGUGUGACUCAGUAAAAGAGACGUGUGCCAAUACUGGUUGUGCAAAAAAAAAAAAACUCCGUACUCAAGAACGAAAGUAGCAGAACUGAGGGUAAUCUAGUGGUAAUAUUAUGUGUGUGUGUUGCCUCACUGUUUUUGUCAAUGUUUUUUGUUUUAUGUUCCACAGUUGAAAGAGGUGGUUCUGAAGAGUGGGAAAGUACUAAGGGCGGAUGUGUGUGUUAUUGGCACAGGUGAGGCAGCUAGCUCAGAGACACAAACGCUCGGUCCGCAAUAGCCUCCACUUUAGCACACUCACUCAUUUCAGUGGUCGUGCAGGAGUGUAAUGUAGAGUUGAUCAAACUCAACCACUAAUGUUACUCUGAUUCCUGGUGGUGAAUUAAUGGUGGUCUAUCUAUGUCUCUUCACUCUGCAGGGUCUGGCCCAGCCACUGGAUUCCUGAAACAGAGUGGCGUUCACAUGGAUUCCAAGGGUUUUGUCCCCGUCAACAAGGUAGAAAAAACAAUGAUGAUGCACAACAAUUCUAAUAACACACAAAUACUUUGAAUGCACUCAUUUCAUUUCAAAUGCACUCAUUUUAUUCAAACAAAUAAUUUCAGUGCCACUCUAUUACAAUGAUGUACAAGUGUCACUGUAUCAUUUGUAGAACUAGAGCUGUGAGUUUUUCGUCAGUUAUCAUCUAAUUUGUCAGGUGGCUUGUCUACAAGUAAGAGAUCCUCCUGAUUUCCACAUUGGCUCCUGUAUUCUUCUGGAUAACCCUCUAACCCUCAGACAAUGCAGACUAACAUUGAUGGUGUCUAUGCCGGAGGAGACAUUGUGACGUUUCCUUUUCCGGGGCGCAGCAAUAAGAAGGUGAACAUCCCACACUGGCAAAUGGCCCAUGUGCACGGUAAGUGUUUAUUGUUGUGUUAAUAAAGUGUUAAAAUAAAAAAUGCAUCAUACGGGGAUGAUUUCUGUAUCUUGAAAACUUGAUUGCUGACAAGCAAAACAUUUUGGGACUAUGUCAACAAUGGACUAAUGAAACAAAUGCCAAAAUAUAGUUUUGGGGUGGAGUUUUCCUUUUAAGUGGGAGUUUUUACAUUUCCCCUAAAGGGUCAAACACUCAGCUGCGUAUCUGGGGCUGGAUUUGCAGUGGAUUGUUUUUUAUGGGACCUUUUCUAUUGGUUUGUGAUUGACAGGGAGAGUGGCAGCACUAGGCAUGAUGGGAAGACCCACGGAGAUCAAAACGGUGCCCUAUUUCUGGUCGGCCAUGUUUGGGAAAAGCCUACGCUAUGCAGGUAAACAGAGCCUCACUCCACAAGUAAUAUCAUUUAAUACCGUUAGGGUCAUUUAGCAGAUUUUAUCCAAAGCACAUGGCAGAACUGUCAAAAUUGACAGUGACACAUCUAUUUAGUAUAUGUGGCCUGUGCAUGUUUCAAAACCUCCACCAUGGUGUUGCCAGCACCAUGCUCAGUCUAACCCACUGAACCAUUGGAAACGUUUUUUACAUAGUUAUACAAGUUUUGUUUAUGUACUGUAUUCAUUGUUUGGGAAGUGUUAAAUUAGGACUGAAUAGGUGGAAAAAAUCUGCAAAUAGUGAGUUGGUAAGACUACUACCAAUGCUCUCCUCCAAAUGCCUCUGUUGAGAUUGUAGCUCAAGUACUGCCACCUAGCUGUGAGCUCAGACACUGCGGCUUUUCAGUCAUCAUAGGAUUUAGAAGGAUGCCAUCAUGAUAGGUGUGGUGGUGGUGUGGCACUCUUUUUACAGACCUAAAGUGUGUCUAUUCUGUUACCAAGGUUACGGGGAGGGCUUUGAUGAUGUCGUCAUCCAAGGGGACGUGGACGAACUAAAGUUUGUGGCAUUUUACACCAGGUAUGUGUCCAAACACUAUCUACUGAGAUGCUUUCAGCCAUCGGUCCAGGUUGUUUUGUAAAGUAAAUCCUCUCUUUUGUUUUUAUAUAAUCCAGUAGAGUUCAUCCUUACCACAGAAUGAACUCCAGUAAACCUAGUUUGUUGUCUAAAAGUUGUUUGGUGUAUCUCUCCCACCUAUAGGAGUGAGGAGGUGGUUGCCGUUGCCAGCAUGAACUAUGACCCCAUUGUAUCCCGUGUGGCAGAGGUCUUAGGGUCCGGAAAGACGAUUAGAAAGCGAGAUGUGGAGUAA